AUCGGCAGUGGAAUCUCCCGGUCUGAAAGCGUUAUCGCGCUUCGCUUCGGCUCCACAGAGACUCGUCAGUAGUUUAGAUUUUGGAUGCCAGUUCGUCUGGGCAUCUUUCUCGGCGCGAUCUUGUCCAAUGCUCUGUUGGAAAAGAGUGGAUUCUCCCACUUGAAUUAUGCAAUCAAAAUGAGUGUCCUCAUCAGCUAUCAAAUGAUAGUCUGGAAACACAAUACUGAAACCAGGCCAUCAUCGGGAUUUUGGUCUGCUGUGUUUCUUGGGUCAAUAGUGUGACGCAUCAGGUACCGGAAAAAGAAUUUCGAGCUAGCCGUAGCUGGUUUGAGGUCGGACUUAAGGCAUGGAAAAAUUAUUCGGACAAGAAAUGGCAGCUUGUUGGUUGACGUACGCUGGUGCGGUGGGUGACGACUCCGGCUUAGGCAGUCACUUUCUUGUUGGCGCCAGUUCAAUCUCAUAAGGUGAACUCUUUGCCCGCCAGUGCCGAUCCAGUCAAAGGCGUUGAAAUGCCUUCCCCAGUUCGCUAGUCUUCGCCUCCUGUUCGCUUUCGGAUUUCCGUUCCUUAUCUUGUUUCGAUAUCCUGUGAUUGCGCCGUCGUUAUCUUCCUUCCAAUGGCGGGGAAUCAGUGGCUAAGAUGUGUGCUGGUCCUGGCCCUGGCGGUACUUGGGGUCCAAGGUAUCAGUCUUGAUAUCAGCAGCGAGGAUUCGAUCAAAAAUGCAGCAUCAAUCGCCGCCUACGGCAUGAUGAAGCACUACAAAGGAAACGAGUCCGGCGAAAUUCCGGGCAAGAUCCCCAACACUUGGUGGGAAGGUGGCGCCAUGUUCAUGACACUCAUGCAAUACUAUCACUACACGGGGGAUUCCACCUACAACAAGGAAGUCAUCCAGGGCAUGCAGUGGCAGGCGGGCGAUUGUGACUACAUGCCGGCGAACUGGAGUAGCUACAUUGGAAAUGACGAUCAAAUGUUCUGGGGCUUGGCCGCUAUGACUGGUGCUGAACUGAACUUUCCCGACUCUAGCGAUGGGUACUCCUGGCUUUCUUUAGCACAGGGUGUUUUCAAUACCCAGGUCGCCCGCUGGGAUAAUUCUACCUGCAACGGGGGUAUGCGGUGGCAGAUUUAUACCUACGAAUCCGGUUAUACCAUGAAGAAUGCCAUUUCCAACGGUGGUCUGUUUCAAUUAUCGGCUCGUCUGGCGCGCUAUACCAGCAACCAGACCUACUAUGACUGGGCAGAGCGCAUCUGGGAUUGGUCGGUCACGACGCCACUGUUGAGCAACUCAACCUGGAACGUCGCAGACUCGACGUCAACCACAAACGACUGCAGCACCCAGGGCGAUAACCAGUGGAGCUAUAACUACGGCGCCUACCUAGGAGGAGCCGCAUACAUGUACAAUUACACCAACGGUACCAGCACCAAAUGGAUGAACGCUGUCGAUGGCCUGUUGAAUCGCACCUUGAACAAGUUCUUCCCCGCAAGCCACGGCGGUGAAAUCCUGACGGAGAUUCUAUGCGAACCGACCGAGGUGUGUAACGACAACGAAAUCAUCUUCAAGGGCCUGGUGUCUGCCUGGCUCGCCUACACAGCCUUACUGGUUCCAUCCACCUACGAUAGAAUCCUGCCCAAGCUGCAGGGAUCUGCCCAGGGCGCUGCCGCAACUUGCACCGGUUAUGGUAACAAUACCUGCGGUGUGCGAUGGUGGAACAGUACCUGGGAUGGCUGGAGCGGUCUCGAGGAACAGAUGAGCGUUACCAGCGUCUUCUCGUCGAAUAUGAUCGCCUUCUCCAACUCCUCGGCUGCACCGUUGACCUCCAGCACGGGAGGCAACAGCACCAGCAAUCCAUCGGCCGGAACCGAUGACAGCUCCGAUGACAAGACAAUCCUAAGCACGAUUACCACGGGAGACCGUGUGGGAGCGGGCAUCGUGACAGUUGUUUUUGCUGGAGGAUGGGUAGGGUUAAUGGCAUGGUUGAUGCUCGGUUAAUCAUAUUAUUGGUUUUAAUUCUGUAUAUAUUGUGUAAAUAUUUAGACGAAGAUAUGCCUGCAAAAGCAUCAUGCAAAC